UGCAAUGGCACUGCAUGGCACCAGUAUAUGUAAUGUGUGUUGCUGCACUUCAACACACAAGCUCCCACAAUGCAUCAGUAUGAAUGGGCCAUUAAGCAUAUUUACUAUGAAGCAGGGGCAGACUGACAGCUCAUGGGGCCCCUGGGAAAUAGGGGAUCAUGGGGCCCCUGUGUUCUUGCCCAAACUCAAAAAAGCCUAUGAAAAGGGUACCAGGGGCAUCUCAUGGGGCCCCCUACUGACCCCGGGCCCUCGGGCAGUGCCUGAGUUUCCAAAUGGUCAGUCCGCCCCUGCUAUGAAGAUUUAGUAA